AUGCGUCGGGCAAAUGUGACCCGCAACUUGCAUUGCCCUGAUGUAUUGGUACAGGCCGUUGUUCGUCAUACUCGAUCAAUGCACCACAAUGGCUACAUUCACUCCGCCGGUUCGGAAGCAGCCCGUGCAGCUAUCGCUCAGCGUUUUGGAUAUCACAGUGCCCCAUUGACAGCAGAUGACAUUAUUAUCGCUAGUGGAUGCUCUGGUGCCAUUGAAAUUGCUCUGCAGGGUUUCCUAAACCCCGGUGACAAUAUUCUUCUCCCAAAACCGGGCUUUCCCUUGUACCAAGCACUUUGUGAAGCGCACAAGAUUGAAUGCAGAUUCUACAAUCUCAUGCCGGAAAAAAAUUGGGAGGCUGAUCUGGAGCACAUGCAGUCCUUGGUUGAGGACAAUACAAAGGCUAUUUUGGUCAACAACCCAUCUAAUCCAUGCGGCAGUGUCUAUUCAAAGACUCACUUGGAGAAAAUUCUUGGUUUGGCGGAGCUGAACAAGAUUCCCGUCAUCGCGGAUGAAAUUUAUGGCGAUAAGGAAUUCGGAAGCAACGCGUUUUAUGCCAUGGCGACAUUGACAAAGACGGUGCCUGUAGUGGCUGUGGGUGGCUUGGCGAAGCAAUUCUUGAUACCUGGCUGGAGGGUAGGUUGGGUCAUGGUGCACGACCGCAAUAAUGUCCUGAAAGACGUGCGCACUGCGUAUUUCAAGUUGUCACAAAAUAUUCUUGGAGCGAACUCGCUUGUCCAGAGUAUAAUUUCGGACGUGCUUACGCCGGUUUCGGGAAGUCCUGAAGAGCAAUCAUUGAAUACCGGGACUGGAGGUGGUGGUUCCUCAGGGUGCGAUGUAGCUAUGGUAAAAAUUAGAACCGACAUCCUAGCCACGAUCAAGGAUGACUUGGACCUUACACAAAAGCUGCUGGAGGAAGAAUCUGUCUUCGUGUUGCCUGGACAGUGUUUUGGGAUGGCCAACUACUUCCGUAUCGUGUUUUCAGCACCACACGAGGUACUUGCUGACGCCUUCAUUCGCCUUGCCGAGUUCUGUUAUCGUCAUCAAUGA